AGUACCGAGGAACAGUGCGUCGGUGGCGAGUCUGAGCAUUGAUCUAUCCGUUUCUGGGGGUGCCAAAGCCGAAACAAAUCGACCGGGUUUGGGCAAAAAUGCAUUGGAAGGCGAAACCACGGUUUUCUCGGGCUGCGUUGAUUUGACCGAAGACGCCGAAAACCAACGCCAGCCAGCCCUGGAAAAAGAAUGCUCAUCACCAGCCACAGCCAGGGUUAAGCGAGCCCUCUAGUUCACAUUAUAACGGCUCUCACCACGAGGCACGACUCCGCCACAAGCAAACUCAACGAAGUCAGAGACCUAUAUAUUUGCAUCUCUAAUAAGAAGCUUCCGCUGUUUUAAGCUUGAAACCAAACACAAAGUUUCCUCUCUCUCUGUUUUUGUUUCUUUCUUUGUGGUCUCUUUCUCUGUCUCGCUGAACAUUAAACACACAAAAAAGGCUUAAAUCUUGGGCUUUUGCUUAAUUGGUUUGGCGGAAGAUUAGAGGGUUUCGAUGGCGGGGAAUGAGGGAUUUGGGGGGGACCAUCUCACAGGGGAAAUUAGUUUCUCACAGUUACUGUUGGCAGAUGAUGAUGGCGAUGUUGCUGUAGGUCUUGAUGUGGACCGGUCCUUAAAUUACUCUGUUUUUUCCUCUGGAAAGCCUCCCAAAAUGCUCUGCUUCGGGAACUGCGAUCAACAAGAAGCGGAGCUAGUAUAUCCUGAGACUACAAGGACUCCCAAGAAAUCAGGGGUCACGUGCAGUGACUCCUCCUUAGCUUCUUCCAGCAACAACGGCAGUAUAAACACUUUGUCAAAAUCUUUUGUAAAAAAGCGAAUUGGGUCGGGCCAGGAAUCCGUGCAAUGCACCAACACCAUCACCCCAGCUGUGGCGACAGGUCAGAGAACAUCUAAAAAGAAGAAAAUGGAGAAUCCCACGCCGGUCGGCCAUGCAAAGAGGAAAGAGAAGCUAGGAGAAAGAGUCGCAGCAUUGCAGCAGCUUGUUUCUCCCUUCGGCAAGACAGAUACGGCCUCAGUGCUGCACGAAGCGAUGGGAUAUAUCAGGUUUCUGCACGACCAGGUUCAGGUUCUGUGCUCCCCUUACCUUCAGCGACUGCGCUCUUCACCGGAACUCCGACCUCUACCUGAUGACGGAGAAAACGGAGAAGAAGCAAGAAAGGACUUGAGGAGCAGAGGGCUGUGCCUUGUUCCAGUGGAAUGCACCGCACACGUGGCGAACAGCAACGGUGCUGAUUUUUGGUCGCCUGCUGCCAUGGGGAACAAAGUUACGUUGUCGACAAAGCAGUGAGAAUACUCGUGUCAAACUCUGCUUUUUUGUAAAUGGCGGCCCAUAUCUUUUUCUUUUCUUGGCAAUAUGGUGGCCAAAUUUCACUCACAACGGUUCUGAACAAGGACAGAAAUGGUGAAGAAAGGAAUAGGAAUCCAACACCUCACGCUUAUAGCUUAGUUUUUUGCGGGUAUUUUUCAUUUAAGUGUGGGAUGUUUUUCAUAAAAUGUGAGGUGUUGAACGGUGAAUAAUUGAUUGAUGGAAAAAAAAAUUCUAAAAAGAAAAGAAAAAGAAAAAAGGCAUUAAGGAGAUAGCUAGCUAGAAGAAUCAAAGCUGGCACAUGGUUAGGAAGGAAUUAGUAGCUGAAAAAAGAAGUUUUGUUUUGUUGUUUUCGAUUCCUUUCGGCCUUUCGGGAGAAGACGUGUGGUUUUGGGUGUGGGAACUGGGAAGGCCUUUACCAGGGGCAUAAACCUACAGAUUUCCCAAUGCGAUUUUGAGAAAAGCAGGUUCUGUUCAUCCCUUUCGUGCAGUAGUUCUCUCGUCUUAGCAGUUUAUAGAUCGCAAAGUAGGAAUGAUAUGGUUAAAGUUAAAUCUUGUUUGUAGCUGUACAAUCUUUAAAUAAUUAUGCGGAAAAUGAAAUUGAUGUGAGGUGCA